AUGACAUCGGCGAAGGAAGGGAAGGCAGUUCCCGCGCUGCCACAGCCGGGCGCAGCAGAAGAGAGGCGCCGGAGCCCCCUGGACCUCCUCCCGCCCCCCGCCAAUUCCAGCAAACCUCUCACCCCCUUCAGCAUCGAAGACAUUCUCAGCAAACCUUCCGGGCACAAAGCUCCUGCCGCCCGCCUGCUGGAAAAGGUUGCAGGCUCGGCUGGACCCCCGCGGAACGGCGUGCCCGCCCCCGACUCUCCGCUCUGCGCCCUGGAGGAGCUGGCUAGCAAGACGUUCCAGGGGCUGGAGCUCAACGUGCUUCAGGCGGCCGAAGGCCGGGACCCGCUGGGCGCCUUCGGGCCGCGCCCUCCGUCCAAAAAGCGGCGCAAGUCGCGCACGGCCUUCACCAACCACCAGAUCUACGAGCUGGAGAAGCGCUUCCUCUACCAGAAGUAUCUCUCUCCCGCCGACCGAGACCACAUCGCGGCGCAGCUGGGCCUGAGCAACGCGCAGGUGAUCACCUGGUUCCAGAACCGCCGCGCCAAACUGAAGCGAGACCUGGAGGAGAUGAAGGCCGACGUGGAGUCGCUCAAGAAGUUGCACCCCGCCGCCCUGGAGAAGCUGGCCAGCAUGCCCGAGCUGGAGACCCCGGGCGUCUCUGGACCUGCGCGAGCCCGCGGGGGCCAUCUCCGCCGCACGUCGCCCCCGCCCUCACCCAGCGCCUCACGACACACCUCGGACGCUUUCUCCGACGGCGAGGACGAGGAGGAGGAGGAGGAGGAGAUCGACGUGGGAGACUGAGGGCCGGGGAGGGGGCGACCCGGAAGGGAGAAGUCUCCUUUCCAGCUGCCGCCUUCCGCCUUCCUGCCUCUGGAUUGCAAGGCCGCUUGAGGAGGGUCCAAGACUAGGCUGUGGGGCCGUUCCUGUCGCCCUGCCUACCCCGGACAGCAUCCCCCUCUCCAGGAUUCCCGCAGCCCCGCUC